AAAAGUUUGUUUCUUCCCGUCGUGACCGGUACGUGGUCUCUUUCGAUUCUGCGUACGACGCAGAAGAAUCCCGUGAACGUGAUUUCCCCGAUUGGAGGGAGAGAGAAAAAAGAGAUCACGAAGCACGCGUACGGACGGAGGUCCACGUUCACGAACGUUUCCUGAGGCGACGACCCUCGAUGUUCGCGGAAUCGUGGCUUCGCGCCGGUCGAUCGAGCGGCCGCGCCGCAUGAUUUUCGGAACGUCCGCGAGGCGGAGAGCGAGAAGAACUUGCUGGAAAGAGCAAUACAGCGGGAGUAGAGCGGCUGCUAUCGUGACCACGUUCCCAAGUGGAAACGUCCGCGCGAUACAUCGUCGAUACUGCGACAACCAACGGUCCCGGUAGUGAGACUUUCACCUUUUCUCUUUCUCCCUUUUUUUUUACGACAUGUCAGAUUGGGACACCGCGCCUAUCACCCUUCGCAAACGCGCCCCGAAGUCGUCCACGCUGAAAACUGAGAAGGCGGUAAACGACGCUCGGCGACAAGGCUUUACCGUAGAGACACAGGCGAAAUGGGGUGGUGGUGCGAACAGACAGCAUGUAACCACAAAGAAUACAGCCAAAUUGGAUCGUGAAACAGAAGAAUUGAAGCACGAUCAAAUCCCACUUGAACUUGGCAAGCUUAUCCAACAAGGACGACAGAGCAAAGGAUUAUCUCAAAAAGAUCUGGCUACGAAAGUAAACGAGAAGGCACAGGUCAUCAAUGACUAUGAAGCAGGACGUGGAAUACCAAACCAAAUGGUAAUCGGUAAGAUCGAACGAGUACUUGGAAUCAAAUUGCGCGGUAAAGAUCGUGGCAAACCGUUAGCGGUAGCCCCCGGGACGAAGAAGUGAAUCUCGGGGGGAAGCAAUGUCUAUCUUUCGAUCCUUAUAUACUGUUCCUGUGGAAGAACAAUGAGAAAGACGGUAGAACGGAACGCAACAAAAAAAAAAAGAAUACAAACCUACCCUCUUUUCCUUUGGUUAUACGGAUAUUACGAACGAUAAAACAAUGGGUUAUAAUUAACUUGCCUUUAUGUAUGAAAUAAAAGAUAUUUUAGAAUAUUACGAGUACGUACGGAGUAACGAUUACAUAUGAUACAUACAAUAACAUAGUGUAAUGUUAAACAAGGCUUAUUGAGUUACCUUCGCGCGUAAUCGUUUGUUAUAGAUUUUAAGUGUACAUUACUAAUGCUAAUCAUGAAAUAAAAGCGAAACGUAUGUUUGAGUGACAAAAAA